AAAUGUUGAAAACCCACACAGAAUUUCUCAAUUCACACAUUUUUACUUAAAAAAAAAAGUUUAUUAAUUCUAUUUUAUUUAUGCAUUUUUUAAGUUGUAUUUUGCAGGUGAGGCACAGCCUCACUUGCCUCACCUGACUGCAACUCACUAAGGAGCACUGUCAUUUAAUCAAAAAAGAAGUACGUUUUUAAGUUUGCCUUAUACUGUGGGAAACUCAGAAAUCUCCAUUUGAAAUUAUAAGUUAAAUCUAUUCUUUGAGACAGAGAAACUCUUCUUUUCAUCACGUUUUUUUUUUUUUUUUUUUGUCUUUUGAUGUCGAGACCACCCAAUUAAUGCGAUUUUUUAGUUGAAUUAGUUGAGAUUUUAAAUGGUCCAACUUUUUUAAAGUCAUAAAGAGACUUUUUAUGUCUCAUAAAGAGCAUUUUUAGAUGGUGGCAGUAUCAUGAUGUGGGCCUGUUUAGCUGGAUUAAUAGAAUGUUUUUUAUCCUAACCAUAAAACGAUUUUUUUUUGUGAAGUAAGCUUGUCAUGGACAAAUAUGACACCAGAUCAGAAGUUCUUGUUUCUGUCCUGCCCACUCUCACUCUCAAUAUCCACGCCAGGCUUGUGUCAACAGCUACAAGGAGGGCUGAGAGGGAAAAAGGAGGGAGGAGAAAAAGAAAAUAGACAGACCCAGCGAGUUAGCAGUGGGAGGAAUAAAGACAGAUACGGUUACCGUCUGCCCCCGAAUGUCUUUUUGCUCUCUCAUUUUGGGUACCGGAAUCAUAAGGAGCCCCAAGCCACUCUGUUGGCCUUAUAUAGCGUGUUUGGAAAUUUCUUGGCAGCUGAUGGGGAGAGGGGAUCUGGAGCCAGCACUUUUAAAGAGAGCUUCCUGGUCCGGUCCAGAGGCUGUGCAGACAUGCACACAUGUACACAGAAUCAAGUUCCGAAGCUCCCUGGCAUGCGUUCGGGAUUACUGCCGUUGUUUUGAGUGAGAAGGGGGCGGAGAAGGUUAUCGGAGCGACUUUCCUUGUUGGGGGGUGUGUGUGAAGACAGGGACAAUGCAGAGGUGAAAAAAGAACUAACAGCAGAGAAGUGAGGAGAAAAAAGUGGCCCUGAUGUGCAGGUCACCACGUCAUGUCAAACAGCCACCAACUGUGAUCCGCCUCCCACUCCCCAGCUGCCGUUAAAGCAUGUAGAUACACCGGGAUCUACGAGGUCCUGCAAAAGUGUGGAGAUCCGAAGAAAGCAGUCACGAAGCCUGAGUGUGGUCCAGACCAUGGAGGAGAGCUAUGAGGUGGACCUGGUCUACAUCACGGAGAGGAUCAUCUCUCUGUCCUUCCCCGGGAACGCCGAGGAGCGCAGCUACGCCACCAACCUCAAGGAGGUGGCCACGAUGCUGCGGUCGAAGCACGGCGAACACUAUCUGGUUCUCAACCUCAGUGAGUGGAGGAAUGACCUAACAAAGUUAAACCCCAAGGUUCUUGAAUUUGGCUGGCCGGACCACCACGCUCCAGCGCUGGACAAGAUUUGCAGCAUGUGCAAAGCCAUCGACACGUGGCUCAACGGAGACCCUCACAAUGUGGUGGUACUGCACAACAAGGGGAACCGCGGGCGGACAGGAGUAGUAGUGGCUGCCUACAUGCACUACAGCAACAUAUCUGCAAGUGCUGACCAGGCUUUGGACAGGUUUGCCAUGAGGCGUUUCUACGAAGAUAAAGCACUUCCUGUUGGGCAGCCAUCACAAAAAAGGUACGUCCGGUACUUCAACGGCCUCCUGUCUGGACACAUAAAAAUCAACAACAAGCCGCUGUUCCUCCAUCAUGUCAUCAUGCACGGCAUUCCCAACUUUGAAUCCAAAGGAGGGUGCCGCCCCUUCCUGAAGAUCUACCAAGCAAUGCAACCUGUGUAUACGUCAGGAAUCUAUAAUGUUCAAGGAGACAGUAACACCAGUAUCUGCAUCACCAUUGAACCCGGCCUCCUUCUGAAGGGAGACAUUCUGCUGAAGUGCUAUCACAAGAAGUACAGGACGCCGACUAGAGACAUGGUGUUUAGAGUGCAGUUCCACACGUGCGCUAUACACGACCUCGGCGUGGUUUUUGGCAAAAACGAGCUGGACGAAACUUUCAGAGAUGAGAGAUUUCCAGAAUAUGGGAAGGUGGAAUUCGUUUUCUCGUAUGGCCCAGAAAAGAUCAAAGGUUUGAGCCACCUGGAGAACGGCCCAAGCGUCUCUGUGGACUACAACACCCAGGAUCCUCUGAUCCGCUGGGACUCGUACGAGAACUGUAACCAGCGCUGUGAGGACACGGAGAAUUGUGAACACGAUGUUGCUCAUACCCAGGGUCCACUUGAUGGAAGUUUAUAUGCCAGGGUUCGCAAAAAAGACUCCCUCGAGGGAGUUGUCACCGUCAACGGACUUCCAGUCUGUGAAAACCCCUUGACAAAUGCGGAGAACUCCUUGCAACAGACCAACCAUCCCUUGCAAACAGCCGAGCACACCCUUCCUGUGACGGCCCACACCUCUCUUCCUGCCGUUGACCACACCCUUUCUGUGAGCAGCGACUCGGGCAACUCCACCGCAUCCAUCAAGACCGACCGUACGGAUGAGCACAACCAUUCUCUGCAGAGUGCCGUGAGCCACAACACCCCGGUGACCGCCCACCAAACGCUGAGCCCACAGGAAAAACGAGAGCUCGAUCAGCUUCUGAGCGGUCUCGAGGCACCUAGUCAGAGGCAAGCGUACCUGUCUACUUCCACCAGUCCAGGUGGGGGAGUCAGGCACCUUGUUCCUGCUCAGGUGCACGUCAACGGGGGCCACAACAGGCUAGUUGGUGCACCCUCAACAGAAGAGCGCGAGACAGAUAUCCUUGAUGACGAGCUCCCUAAUAGCCAGGAAGGUAACAGUGUGGAUAGCUUGGGUACGCUAUCGUCCCUAGAAGGACAAGCAACUCCCGGGGAUCUCUACUACCAAUCCCAGACUCCAGUCAGUGGACAGAACGACGGUCCAUAUCUUGAGAGAAACGUUACCGGAGAGAAGCUGAAAGAGAUGCCUGUGCAUGGAGUACGAACCCCUACGACCAUGCAAGAAAGGUCGCUGGACUCAUCAUCGCCACAGGGGGAAUACAACUACCAAAAUGGGGUUGGGAUGUACCGUUCACAGUCAUUCGGAAAUCCAGCUGCCGGCAGUCCUGAGACCAACCCUAAACUGAUGCCCAGGGCUCCAGAGAGGAGCACCAGUAGCCGGGAAGCUGUUCAACGGGGUCUCAGUGCCUGGCACCAACAUAGUCUUCCAGAUGAUCCAUUUGGUCCUCCUCUUCAAUCCACCCACAGCUUGCCCCACUUCCCCACAUCAGCUUCUCAGCGUGACAUCGAGCAGUCCAUUGAGGCCCUAAACAUGCUGAUGCUCGACCUGGACCCGAUCAACUCCCACCUGUCCAAGUCUCACAGUGCACCGCCUGGGGAGAACAUCAUCAACUCCUCCCAAGUUCCCUUUUCUCAAACGUUAGCCAGACCCUCUUACCAAGCAGAGUCGGCUAUUCACGGCUACAAGAACGCCGGGUCAGUCAACAACGCCUAUCACCAACCUCCACGAAGCACUGGAAGAGUGUCCGCAGUGACGAACCAGAGUGCAGUUAUGGACUCGUUGGUGCACUCGCCUCCACAGAGGUCAAACGCCGGCUACCAACAGCAAACUACCACUCCAACGCACACUCCUGAGCCCUACCUCCAAACACACCAAUCCCCUCACAGCCACCCCAAUGUUUUGUCGUCCAACUUCCACCAGCAUCCACCAACCAAUUCAUAUGCGGGCAGCAUUGUUUCACACUCCCCGGAUCUGAAAGGGUCAUCCCCAUACCCAGGGUACAGCACCUCUUCUUCCCCGCUACCUGCCCUUACCCCUCAGCCAAAGGACUCUUCUUCUACACCCUUGCCCAAAGAACAAGACACAGAAGAGGAAACACUAAACUUGGAAGGCCUUGUCGCUCACCGCAUAGCUGAGUACAACGCUCGCAUUCGAGGCAUCAGCGAAAGCAUGACACCUCAACAAUGUGACCGUCACCGCUCCUAUUCCUUCUCUGGUGUUCGCUCUAGAGGGAUGACCCCAGAGGUGACGCAGGAGACCGGUAGACGCCGGACCACCAGUGAGGGCCAGUAUCAGAGCAGCCAUGACAAUAUGUCAGCGACGCAUUCACCAGACUUUGCCAACAAUCUGGCUCUUAAUCCCGGAGGAAGACCAAGAGAGGGUCCCAUGCACAGCUAUCGCGAGGCGUUUGAGGACGAUGAGGCGGGGCGAUUCGCCAACAGCCCUACUUUUGGGGGCGGUGGUGAGAUGUUGCCCGUGUCGCCACAGAGCCCUUACUUCAACGUGUCUCGCUCUACUCCGGGUCUGACUAAGACUCCUUUGUCUGCAUUAGGACUGAAGCCUCAUCAACAAGGUGGAUCAGAUUCUGAUUCUAAUGAUGGACAUCAAGAUAAUCGUGGUUUUGUGGACUUGAGGCAACAGCCUUUCAGUGCUCCCCUCUCCUCCAGCAGUCCUCUCCACACCACAGAUGGCAGGCGGACUGAUUCUUCAGAUGAGGUUCUAAACAGCCCGUCCUCCAUGUACACCAACAGACCAGCCUCCCCCGAGGGUUCCCAGGUCAACAUCAUGGGUGUCCACACUGUCCCCGGCAGUCCCAACACCCUCCACCGCACCGUGGCUACAAAUACCCCCCCAAGCCCCGCCCUGCAGAGACGUCUAGGUCAAGCAAGCCCGUCGUUGGCCAGACACCCCUCCCCGGCCGGCAAACCUUCCAGCCCCUUGAUUGGCCGAAACCUCAAAACAGCAGGAGGUGGCGUCCCUCAAAGCCCCAUGAUGGGACGUCGCACAAUGGGGAGUGGACGCAGCACACCAGAUGAGAUGGGCGCCGCCUCCCGUCAGGGAAGUGCCCAACCACCUCCCACGCCCACCUUCCCCGUCUCACCCCAGCUCCCGGAAAAGAGGCACAUGUCCAGCGGGGACGCCGAGAGGACGGACAACAAAAACCUAACCCCUGCCAGCGGGGGCAGCACACCCAACCUGACCAGCACACUCCCAGAUGCCUCCAAGUCUAUCUAUGAUGUGUAUCCUGACAUCAAGAUGAAUGUAAAAUUUGUGCAGGAUACUUCCAAGUUCUGGUACAAGCCAGACAUCUCUAGAGAGCAAGCCAUCAAUCUAUUGAAGGACAGGGAACCUGGGGCAUUCAUCAUUAGAGACAGCCAUUCUUUCCGUGGAGCCUACGGUCUGGCGAUGAAGGUGGCCUGCCCCCCACCGACAAUCCAGCAGAACAAGAAGGUUGGGGAUUUGACAAACGAACUGGUGAGGCACUUCUUAAUUGAGACGAGUCCCAAAGGUGUCCGCCUGAAGGGUUGUCCCAACGAGCCCUACUUUGGAUGUCUUUCUGCUCUUGUGUACCAACACUCAAUGACCCCACUGGCUCUGCCCUGUAAGCUCAUGAUCCCUACCAAAGACCCCAACGAAGAAGCGCUAGAACUUGCCACACCCACUGAUCCAGUUGUUGAACUUCUCAAACAAGGAACAGUUCAAAAGGUUCCUGAGGAAUCACAUGCCUGCAACGUUCUCUACAUCAACUCUGUGGACAUGGAAUCUCUCACGGGGCCCCAGGCCAUCGCCAAGGCCAUCAGUCAGACCUUGGCAACCAACCCCCUCCCCGCUGCUACUACUGUCCACUUUAAAGUGACGACGCAAGGCAUCACGCUCACCGACAGUCAGAGGAAAAUUUUCUUUAGACGACAUUAUCCUGUCAGUACAAUAACUUACUGUGACAUGGACCCCCAGAAUAGAAAAUGGGGCAAAGAAGGAGGUGGUUCAGUGAAGCUUUUUGGAUUUGUCGCAAGAAAACAAGGAAGCACAACAGACAAUGCCAGCCACCUGUUUGCGGAGCUGGACCCAGAUCAGCCCGCCUCAGCCAUCGUCAGCUUUGUCUCGAAGACUAUGAAUCGGUGAAAAAGCCCUACAGAGGUGGCGGUUUGGCAAUCCUCGUUGACUUCGGUGUCAAUUUCUUUUCUCCGGGACUUGAUCGUGUCCUGGUUUUUGGUUGUUUUUUUUUGUUCGUCGUCUCGGUUGGUUUCUCCUUCUGUUUUUCCUCUCUGCCUUGCCUGGUUUGUCUUUUUCGGAAUUCGAAGGCUUCGGUGUGGAUCCAGACUGGAGCUAGAGGACGUGUGAUGUGGAGCCGUGACGACCACGGAGGCGCUUGCAGGGAGUUGAUUUAUUGACACGAGGAGCGAGGCUAAGUUCAAGCGGGGAACAUGUAUGGACUCACAUGUUUUGAUGCUUUUUUUUCCCCUUAAUUCUUAUUAAUUUACCAAAGGUUGCUGCAAUACAAGUGCAAGAAUGAUGUAGCUUUUAAGCCAUUUAUUAUUUCCUCUUUUUAAAAGAAGAAUCG